UUGCUGGAUCGAAUCGGGAGUUCGUACCGAUUUCUAUUGGUAAUAUUGGCGCGCUAUUACGGAAGUACUAAUAAUAUUCAAAUAAUCUCUUUCACAUCAUGUCGCUUCGAUCAAUCGCGUCCAAUGGUAAUCUCUUCCGAUUGUUUCCGGUAUUCAUCGAACAACAAAAAAGAUAUUACGUUGGAAGACGUUUCAGAAGCUUCUCAAUUUUCGGAUUACGAUAUUUCGUGUAUUUCACGACGUAAAAUAUACUAAAUAUUUUAGACAUUUCGAAAGUGUUUUAAUUAAGUACAGUAGAAAUCACAUAUAACACAAAAGGACCAUGUCGACUGUAGUGGAAAACGCAGAAGAAGUAAAUGUCAUCUCUGAAAAGGAAACAUCCUUGCAUUGUGCAGAGCAACUUGCUUUUCCACAGAUUGAACAAGUGAAUGAAGUCACAAUGAGCAAAACCAUAGUAAAAUUAGGAACAAAUGUACGUGACUUGACGACACAAAGCGAUGAAAAUAAUGUUGAUAUUAAUCUGGAUCGCAAAGAGCUGGAAAAUGAGCCUUUCAGAAUUUAUAAGGACAAGAUUAUAAAGCAUGAAGAAAUAAGUUCAUCUAUAAAAAAUGAUAUAAUGUAUGAAAAACCUGUUAUUACAACAGGAAAAAUGACAAGUAAAGUAAACAGAAGAGUAUCUGUUAGAAAGGCCAAGAAAACCAGUCAAGUAGCAGAUAAUAACAAGGAAAAUAUAAAAAAAGUAAACACUAACAAGGUAGUGAGACAAAAGGCUUCUACAAAAAAAUCAUGCAAGACCUCAUUAAAACUGUGUGCGAAUCAGAUUCUCAAGGAAGACAAAGAAUCAUUGGAGAAUCACACAAAAGUAGACUUAUGCAAAAUUAAUACUGAAGGAUGUUUGAACUACAACUUUAUGCCAUUCACACACGUGAAAUCUCAAACCAAGAUGUAUGACACAAAGUUUUCAUGUCCCAGUGUCGCAAGGCAGCAGGAAUUAAAUCAGUAUAACUUGGAAAACAAUACGAACAUAUUGCAGCAUUUGGAUUACAACAACCUGAAAUAUACAAAUCAGCAGGCAAUGUCAGCUACCAACUCUUGGAUGACAGUACCAAAACCUAAUGAGAGUUUUACGUUAAACAAUACUAUCAACACCACACAAACCGAAACAGGACAGAGCAGCUACAUUAAUGACAAACAUCAUACUCUUGCCACUGAUUACAGCUGGAGACAGAAUGAAAAUCCAUACUUCAAUUCCAUCAUCAAUUCUAUGGAUUCUUAUAAGCUGCUUGCGGAAAAUAAAAUUUAUCAUCCGUAUAAUAUCUACAAUCCGAAUUAUAUAAUGAGCCAUUGGAACAACUUGUAUAUGCAGAAUUUGCCGAGAACCAAUGCCACGUUUCAGCAAGCAAUCAAUAACGUCGCUCCGAACUACAGCAUUCUACCGAUCAACGCUUCCAAUAACUUCCUGAAUCCCGCUGUGACGUCGUUCAAUCCUUUUUACUAUUAUCCACCGCUACUAACGGACGACAAUUUAAAGAAAUUGUAUUACACGAAUCUCAACAACAACGGACGUGAUUUCACGGUUAAAAAGGAGAAUAUGAUGCCUCUGCCCGACAAUUGGCACCACUCGAAUUCCUUGAUCCCGAGUAAUAACAGCUUGAAUAUACCAGCUACGACUUCUACAUGGUAUAAUGCACCAUCAUCGAGUUUCCUUGAUGCGAGCACCGCAACAACCUCUGACGUGGAUAAAGAAUUUAAGUGUGUGCAAAACACAUAUUUGACUAAUCAUUAUAACACAGAUAUGACGAAGGCAAGUGUGUACAAGGAUCAAUGGCGAGAAAAGGACCAAUUCGUUUCGUACGUGAAACCAGCUCUUCAGAAUACAUUACCUGCGAUUACAACAAUACUUACGCCAACUCCAAUCGGCACGCAUGCAUUCGAGCCUUACAAAGCCGAUAACGGGUUAGCGAGUAAUUUAACUCAUCACAGUAACACGGUAACUAGUACGGACGAUAUGAUGUCUAAUAUUGCCGAUUUUUCCUCUGAAACAACUGGAGUUGACGUACCUAAGGAGGUACCUUGCAUAUAUACUAAGGACAAGAAACUUAUAUCAGAAGUUCUCGAGUCCAUCUUAUAAAAAUAUUUUUUUACGUUGUUUAAUUUGAUAUUUUAACGUUGUUUUUGCAAUAUAAUUUUUUUUAAGUAUAUAUAUAUUAAGACUUUUUUAUGAAGUUUUAUAUGUAAGCUUUUUUCUCUUGCAAACAGAAGAGAAUUCGAAAAAAUAUAUAAUAAUUUAUUUUUAUUUA